CAGGGAUUGCGAUACAUAUGCGGAACUAUGUGUAUCUGUUUUGUUGACACCCGACGCGUUUAGGUGUUGCACUCUAAACGCUUCCCCCGAAACAAGCGAACUCAUUCAAGGGUCUUUGGCUGGAGGUCCUGUGUUAAAAGUUUAAGAUGUUUUUGACAAGAUCCGAAUAUGACAGAGGUGUGAACACAUUCUCCCCUGAGGGACGAUUGUUCCAGGUUGAAUAUGCCAUUGAGGCCAUAAAGUUGGGCUCCACAGCCAUUGGUAUCCAGACGUCAGAGGGGGUGUGUCUGGCUGUGGAAAAGAGAAUCACCUCUCCACUGAUGGAGCCCAACAGCAUUGAAAAGAUCGUUGAGAUCGACACUCACAUCGGUUGCGCCAUGAGUGGCUUGAUAGCCGAUGCCAAGACUCUUAUUGACAAAGCAAGAGUGGAAACACAGAACCACUGGUUCACUUACAAUGAGACAAUGACAGUGGAGAGCGUGACUCAGGCUGUGUCCAACCUGGCACUGCAGUUUGGAGAAGAGGACGCUGAUCCUGGUGCCAUGAGUCGACCUUUUGGCGUGGCACUUCUGUUUGGAGGAGUCGAUGAAAAGGGACCUCAGUUGUACCACAUGGACCCAUCAGGAACCUUUGUGCAGUGUGACGCUCGGGCCAUCGGCUCUGCGUCUGAGGGAGCACAGAGCUCUCUGCAGGAGGUCUACCACAAGUCCAUGACAUUAAAAGACGCCAUCAAGUCAUCUCUCACCAUUCUGAAACAGGUGAUGGAGGAAAAGCUGAACGCUACCAACAUUGAGCUGGCGACAGUAGAGCCCAAUAAGACCUUCCACAUGUAUUCCAAAGAAGAGCUGGAGGAUGUAAUCAAGGACAUCUAGAGCGGAAACGGUUCAAAAAGUCUGGAGUUUGAGUUCUGGGCAGGAGCGGACAAGGAUCACCUGGGCUGAAUGUCACAACACAAAACUUUCCAUCAGCGCAUUUUCCUGUUGCAGUCCCCGGUUUUUGGGAUUGCAUAAGAGUAGUCUCUUUGUAUUGUGCUAAUUAACUUCUUCUCUCUGAGUACAACUUUUGUGCAGGGGUCUGACCAGCACUUAAAACUGAGCGGCAGGAAAACAGUGGGGAGGGGUGGGGGGGAUUUUUUUGUUACGAAUCAAUACUACAAUUAAACUGUUGUAUUCAAAAAGUG